GCACACACACUCUCUCUCUCACUCACUUGUCUCUAACACACACUCACAUUCAUGCAAGCGAGUGUGAUGCGCGUAAUCACAGUGAUAAGUUGAUUUGAAUGCCAGUGAUCUGGGCACGCUGCAGGUCUGCAGAACGCUGCUGAAGUCGUGCUUUAGGCGGAAGCGCUCUGGCAGAAUGCAGAAAGAGCGCAGAUGUGGGAAGCUGUACGGCUCUGUGGAGCGAGUGGAGCUGGGAGAGGACGCGCACAGAACAGAUGAAGACGGCAUUGUGUCCAUGGCGGAUUCCACCAUCACUGUGGAUGACAUUGAGGGCGAGCUGUUCAAAAUCGAGAGGAUACGAGAUGUGCUGGUGCGGAGAGAGUCUGAGCUGAGAUACAUGAUGGAUGAUAUUCAGCUAUGUAAAGAGAUCACAAGGCUUAAAAAAGAACUGCAGAAAUUGGUGUCGAUCCCAGAUAAAGACAAGUCGAGUGAAGACCGGCAGCGUGAGGAGGAGCUGUUGCAGCAGAUCCAUAAGCUGGUGGAGACUCGGGACUUUCUAGUGGAUGAUGUGGAGUUUGAGAGACUGAGGGAGCAAGAGGAGGACAAAGAGAUGGCCGAAUUCUUACGGGCAAAAUUUCCUGCAAGCACUACCAAGAAAAGUUCCACUCAGAAGAGAAGAAUGACCUCUAGGGCCCAUGUCUCCUCUCCAAAAGUGACCAAGGCUGGCCUCACCCUGCUUAAAGAAUGCUGUGGUUUUACCUGUUCUGUCAUGUAGAAUAAGAAAUGAUGAGAGUGUCUACAAGAGUGAAAGAAGAAGUGAGAUUAAAAAGUCCAACAAAAGUACAGAAGGAGAAGAAUAUACGUGUAGGCAAGAGGCUUUUUACACAACAGUAUAUUUUAUGAGGUACUGAGGACUAGUCUCAUUAUUGAUGUGCAAAUUGUGGAAAUUAUUUUUUAAAUCAACAAUGGGAUAAACAUUAUGCAAUGUGAUGCAAGUGAAUUUAUUGUAAUUAUACAGUAGUGUGUGUCUGUAAAUUUAAACCCGGUAAUCAGUAGUUUAAAUUAACAGUAUUUUCCCUUAUUGUCCGUCCUUGUGAAAAUAAAAAAGGCAGCUGCCUGAUUUGCAUCAGCUACUAACUUCACUAUAUUAUGUUUGUCAGUGCAAGCGUGGUGUCCUUGCGAUGUUCUGCCACUGAAUACAGCUCUAUUUCAACUUAGAUUGAACCACUGACAUGUCCUUGUGCCUGAGAAAGAGAGAGAGAGAGAGAGAGAGAGAGAGUGAGCCUGAGAGAGGGGGAGUAUGAGGAUGAGUAACAAGAAAGAGAUUACAUUACAAACUAACCAAGUAGAAUCAAAAGAAUUGGAUGCAUGGACUAUAACUGAGGAGAUCUAAGCAGAAUCAGGAAUGGCAGUUAAAAGGGAUUUGAAUGUAUUUGUGCGCUGUUAUGUGCGAUGUGACUGAAAUUGAACUUGAAUGCUUCAAAGUUUUUCUGAUCUGAAGCAUCACUAUGCUAAAAACUGGAGGUCAGGUAACACGUGAUGAAAAACUGAUUAGUUGUUUAUGAUUCAUUCUAAUAGGCUGCACAAUCCAUAUUUUGAAUAAAAUAUUCUGUAUAGACAUAAAAAAACAUGCUGAAUUAAAUAUAUUAAACCUCUGCUUUGUCAGCGGCUGUGUAGUUCCACCUAUUUUCCUGGCUUUUUUAAGUGUACUGUUCUCUCUUUCAGCUGCAACAUCUUUAACUGUGUUAAUGUGAAGAGAGCAACUAGUGUUUGGUUUGUAUCAAGAGAAGAUUUGCCUGACUUUACCUCAGCAGUUUGUAAAGUUUGAAGUUUUUGGUGGUCAUGUUUCACGAAAUAAAAUUUUUCAUUAAAGAAAAUGAACAUU